CUUUGCCCGAAGAGUGGUAGUCAGUGCUUGCUUCCUCUUCCUUGAGCGGCCAUGUCUAUCAUAAGGUUGGGCUUGUGCGUCUCAGGCGUCUAUGCUAUGUUUCUGCUUUGGGCUAUUGCACAGGAACGGCUGUCGGUACCAUUCCAGUCUGUCGAUGGGCAAUCUGCACACAAGUUCAAGUCGGCCCUUUUCAUUGGAACAUGUCAAAGUUUCCUUAGCUCGUUAUCUGCAUUGACUUAUAUUUGGAUACGUCGGAAGAGCGGCUCCUCUCUUCCCGUACUGCUCGGACUCGACCGAGGCGCGGAGAGGGCCAACGGGACCUCGAAUGGGAAGGUGGUCAUUAAUGGACGUACACAGAAAUCCCAUGACUCUCCAUCGAGCUCGAGUUCUCAUGGAAAUCGUUUGCUACUAGGAUAUCUGCAAUGCUCUGUGUUUAUCACACUCGCCGCCCCCUUCGGCUUUGCUGCGUUGUCGUAUAUCACGUAUCCUACCAUGGUUCUGGGCAAGUCCUGCAAGCUCGUUCCCGUCAUGCUGAUGAAUGUCAUGCUCUAUCGUCGCCGAUUUGCGCCACACAAAUACCUUGUCGUCAUGAUGGUUACAGCCGGGAUCAGUAUAUUCAUGUUCUUUGGGAACGAGAAACCGUCGAUGAGUUCUAAUGGUACGCAACCAUACUCGCCGUACGGUCAAUUAUUAGGCAUCGCAUAUCUUCUGGUCAAUCUUAUCCUCGACGGGGCGGUCAAUUCGACUCAGGACGAAAUAUUCUCUCGGUAUAAAGUAUCUGGACAGCAAAUGAUGUUUUGGAUCAACGCAUUCUGCACAGUGUUGAGUGUAACACUUGGAACGCUCCCGUUUCCAUACAUACCCGUGCUACACCCGACUUCGGGUGUGCAGUCCGAAUUUGUGAGCGCCGUAGCGUUUGUGAAGGAGCAUCCGUCGAUCGUGGUUCCGCUGGUGCAAUUCUCGCUGACGGGUGCCCUGGGACAGUUAUUUAUAUUCGAGACCCUGCAACAUUUCGGGUCCUUGACGCUCGUCACCAUAACAUUAACACGAAAGAUGUUCACGAUGAUGCUGUCGGUGGUGAUAUACAACCACAAGCUCACGUUCGGCCAAUGGCUCGGUGCAGGCGUCGUAUUCGCAGGUAUCUCAGUGGAAGCGUGGGUCAAACGAAAAGACAUCCAUGCGAAACGUGUAUUCCAAGAAAAAGAAAAAGCGAAGAUAAAGUCGCUCUAGGGCAUGUCUAUUUAUUGUCGUGGUCCAUACCAGCAUUUCAUAGAAUAUCAUACCGUACGGACUUCAUCCAAGUGUUACAGCUGCUGUCAGGAUAUUUGACAUAGACUGUCACUCGGCAGCUAGGGUUAGGGUUACUGUAAUUACUCCCACUGUCAGCCUGAGGCUCA